AUGUACAAGAAAUGUUUAAUUGGAAUAAUUAUUAUGCAAUCAUUGAUUUCUACUUAUGCUCAGUUUCAAGAUCAUGUAAUACUUUGGGAUGCUAAUAACUGGAGAUUUAAAGAAGGUCAAAAUGAAAUCAACGUCAAUGAAGGUGAUAAUUUGAUUUUUAUCUGUCCACCAAAUCGAACAUUUUCCCAAUCACUUUAUUGGACAAAUGAUUCACGAGUAACAAUAAAAUGCAAUCAAACUUUACCAAUUAAAGUAAUUAAACUUUUAGAUUGUUUCGGUGAUAAUUAUGCAACGGAAUUUAUACUUAAAAUUAGUAGAUUUCAUGAAAUUUCAUCACUUCCAGUUUUUCAUCAUGAAUUACCUAUUUAUUUUGUAGCUCAAUCGGUUAUUUGUCAAAACAGUAACUUCCGACUAAGUGUUAAACUGGCGUCAACACAUAGGACCACAAGCACAGAUAACGUUUCCAAUGGUUCCGCAUCAUAUAUCAAAAAGUCUAACUUGACAGAUCAUUAUGAAAAAUCUACUACCUCAAAUAAAUCAUCCUAUUUUCAUAUUAAACGGAAAAUUACAAAAUUUGUCUCUAAUAUCUCUUCGACUUCACAUAUAAAUCAUGAGUUUACUAGUACAGAGCAAACAACCUGGAAGGAAUAUCGUUUUCUUAUUUUACCAGCAACAUUAGCUUUUUUUACAUUAAUUGGAAUGCAAAUUGUUUUUUGUAGUUUUUGGUUACCUAUUUCAGUGAUCAAUAAAUUCUUUAAACAUUUUCGACAAUGUAAACGCUUACAAAAAUUAAAAUCACAAUCUAAUCAGAAAAUCAAACAAAAUGAAACAAAAACAUUGAUAGUUUGCAAAGAAAAUUAUAAAAAUUCAAAUCAAAGUUUAUGUUGGAGUAUACCGAAUCAAACAUCAGUAAAUUCUUGUACAAUAUAUCCAAUGAACAAGUCAUUCUCUAAUUGUAAUCAAUCAAUUACUUCUUAUAAUCAAUCAAAUGAUUGUAAAUUAUUAAAUCAAAGUUAUCAAACUAAUUGUCAUGAUGAAAAUUAUCAAUUUCAUUUGUUAAUACCUGAGAAAUCAUUAAUAGAUCAUUAUGAUUAUUUUAAUCAAGCAAAUUUAUAUGAAAAUUCAAAUAUAUUAUGUAAUUGUAACUAUCAUCAGCAUCAACAAAUUAUUAUGAAAUUUAAUAAAAAUCAUACAAAUAUUUUACCAAUUUUUAUUUCAUCUAAUAUGAAAUUACAUGAAAGUUUUACAACGAAUUAA